AGAAAUCGACUAGGCAGCUUUUACAACAUGGCAUUGAAGCAACCACUAAUUUUUAAUGUUCCCUUUUCUAUAAAAUGGCGAUUUGUUUUCAAUUGAUAAACCCAAUUGACCAAUGCUCGGGCUAUAAAAUCUCAGGAAGGGUAAUAUUUAGGUUGGUUUGAUAUUGUGGGUGUCCGAGGAGAAGCAAACGGCAAUGGCUAUGUCAAAGAAUCUUAGCAGGGGAAAUCUGGGCAUGGGAAUAAGGUUCAUGUCCAUUUCAGGGUGGUGGAAAAAUAUAGAGCCUGCUCCAAAAGACCCUAUUCUGGGUGUUACAGAAGCCUUCUUGGCUGACACACAUCCUGGCAAGGUUAACGUUGGUGUGGGUGCCUAUCGUGAUGAUAAUGGAAAACCAGUAGUGCUUCAGUGUGUGCGUGAAGCUGAAUGUCGUGUUGCAGGAAAAGAAUUCAUGGAAUAUCUACCCAUGGGUGGGAGUGCGAAGAUGGUUGAAGAAUCACUGAAGCUGGCGUAUGGAGAAAAUGCAGAGGUUCUGAAAGACAAACGUGUGGCAGCUGUCCAGGCUCUUUCGGGUACAGGUGCUUGCCGUCUCUUUGCAGAGUUCCAGAAACGUUUUCGACCUGAUUCCCAAAUUUAUAUACCAGUGCCAACCUGGGCCAAUCACCACAACAUCUGGAGAGAUGCCCAAGUGCCUCAGAGGACUUUUCACUAUUACCAACCAGAGACUAGGGGCUUAGACUUUGCAACCUUCAUGGAUGACGUUAAGAAUGCCCCAAAUGGUUCUUUCUUCUUGCUUCAUGCCUGUGCUCACAAUCCCACUGGUGUAGAUCCAACGGAGGAGCAAUGGAAGGAACUAUCUUAUCAAUUUAAGGUGAAGAAUCAUUUUCCAUUCUUUGACAUGGCAUACCAAGGGUUUGCAAGUGGUGACACAGAAAGAGAUGCAAAGGCAAUCAGAAUAUUUUUGGAAGAUGGUCACCAGAUUGCAUGUGCUCAAUCAUUUGCAAAGAAUAUGGGAUUAUAUGGACAGAGAGUAGGUUGUCUCAGUGUUGUAUGUGACGAUGCAAGCCAAGCAGUGGCAGUGAAGAGUCAAUUGCAGCUGAUUGCUAGGCCAAUGUACAGCAAUCCCCCUGUUCAUGGAGCACUUCUUGUGUCCACCAUCCUUAGUGACCCAGAUCUUAAAUCUCUCUGGCACAAGGAGGUUAAGGUUAUGGCUGAACGCAUUAUUGGGAUGAGAGAAGCUCUUCGUGGCAACCUUGAAAAGCUAGGGUCUCCUCUUAGUUGGAAGCAUGUCACUGAGCAGAUUGGAAUGUUCUGCUACAGUGGUAUGUCUCCAGAACAAGUUGACCGUUUGACAAGUGAAUUUCACAUUUACAUGACACGAAAUGGACGCAUAAGUAUGGCAGGUGUUACCUCGGGCAAUGUUGAAUAUUUAGCAAAUGCAAUCAAUGAAGUAACAAAAUCUGCUUAGUGUCAGAAAAAGAGAUGAAAGCCAGCGGAACUGAGUAAUUACAAUUUUCAUCGUUUCAUUAGAGUAAUGGCAAAUUCAGAAUAAGCCUCAUUCUUUUGCUAAUGGACCGAACAGUCCACUUUAUUGAAUAAGUGAUCUGGCACUGAGAUCUCAGUGCCUCGGCAUAAGUUAUAACAUGGGUAGUUUGUAUACUCAACUUGAGGAGUGCAGUCAGAUAUUCAUGCGAAGUAGGGUACAACAUUCUUAGGCAUUUUCUGUGCCUACAACAUUUACUCAGAGUAUUAAAAUCAAUGAUUUGACAUUUGAGUGUUUUUAUAAAUUUGUUAACAUUUCCAGAGUGGUUAGAAAGAUCUAAAGUUUUGCA